AAACUGAGCCUUUACUGUUUCGGCUGCAUCCUUUGUGAAAGAGUUGUCAAAGUUGACCAAAAGGGAGGCGAACUUUUAUACUAACACACAGACGAAAAGUGCUCAGCUGUUCAGUGCGCGCAUGGUACUUUUCACAGAGCACCGCUGGAGGAUUCGCGGCAUUUUUCAUUGAUUUGGAUUAGAUUUUCUUCAGGUCAUGGAAAUACAAAGUGCUAACACGAUGGUGGAUGUCUGUGGCGCCUGAGAAUCAGGAUAGAUCUUGACUCCCAGUGAUCUGCUAUUUUCCACUUUAAUGGUUUUGGAAAUCAGAUUUGGCGCACACCAAGAAGACCCGCUAAUGGCACACGUUCUCUUGUUACCCCUCAACUCGUAAACCUGGCCUACUUCCUCAGUCUCCACACUGUCCUUUUGGAUGACAUCAUGGGCCUCUGUGGUGUAGGAGUAUCAUCGCUGGAUGCCAGCGCUCUGGGCCUGAAGUCUGUGAGGUCAUGGUGUCCUUUCAAGAGAAACGUGAAGCCGUUUUAAUGCAUCUGAUUACAGUUGCCACUGGAGGGCCUUGACUCAACAUGCGGGGGUGGCCCAGACAGGCCCAGGAGCAGCAGCUAAGAUGCCUAUCACCCAAGAAAAUGCCCUGAGCCAUCUCCUCCUGCUGGAGAAUUGGCUUAGGGCUCGAGAAGAGGACAGAGAUGAGGGUGAUGUACUUCGGAUGAGCACAGUUUGCAAGCCUGCCAUCCGUAAACUUGUGGAAUACAUCCAGCUAAACUUUACUGAAGUUGAGAGUCCUUUGUACAGCAUUAACCCACUUAGAGAGGAAAUUGAUGCAGAGGUAAAGGCGGUCUGUCUGAACAAGUCUGAGGAAGAUGGACCAGAGUUUGGACUCAGCUUUGGAAAUAUUCCAAUAUUUGGAGACCCCGAAGGGAAGAAGAAGGGGGUCAGGAGGAGGCGCAGGAAGGGUGAUAAAGGCCCUGUGUUGGAUGUUGGGUGUAUUUGGGUGACUGAAGUGAAAAAGAACAGUCCAGCGGCCCGUUGUGGAGAUAUUAAGCUGCGGGAUGAGCUGCUGUCACUGAACGGACAGCUGAUGGUUGGGGUUGACGUCACCGGAGCCAGUUACUUGGCGGACCAGUGCUGGAAUGGAGGCUGCAUCUACCUGAUCAUGUUGCGCAGAAUCAAACGCAAGGCUCCUCUCCCUCCAUGCAAUGGCAGCAACGGGGGCAACUUUGUGGAUGUUUCUAAUGACCACAGGCGAAGCGUCUCCUCUGAAACAGCGGGAAGCCCCACACACAAUGGACAGAAUGGGAAGCGGACACGGAAAUUUGGUGUCAUCUCCCGCUCGUCGUUCACUCGCGACAGCAAAGACAGUAAAGAUAGCCGAGAAUGUGAGCAUGAGAAUGGCUACAGCUCCAUGGAGGCGGAGGUGACGUCCCCAGAGAGCAGCAGCCCUCAGGACACCCCGACAGAUGACAGUCCAAUCACAGGCCCCUCUGAGCUGAUGAUGUCUAAUCACAUGAGGGUGGGCAGCACAGCAACCCUACCCUGCCGAUCCCGCUCACGCAUGUCAGAAAACUUCAAAACUGAGUCCAUCAGCAGCGAACCCUCCGGUCAGCCCCGCGAGGGUGGCCGGAUCUGGAAGAUGCACAUGGUGAAGGGUCAGGAUGGCCUGGGCAUCCAGAUCACAGGAGGCCGAGGGUCCAAACGCUCGCCUCACGGCAUCAUCGUGGCCCAUGUGGAGGAGGGAGGAGCCACACAGAGAGAUGGCCGUCUGAAGGCAGGCGAUGAGUUACUGAUGAUAAACGGUCACUCUCUGGUUGGCCUUUCACACCAGGAGGCUGUGGCCAUACUGCGCUCCACUGCUGGACUGGUGCAGCUGGUGGUGGCCAGCAGGGAUGAGUCCGAAGUUGACUUCCACAAGUACCCGUCCACCAGCUUGCCCGACCUAGUGAGCACGUGCUCGGGUCCGGACGCCUCUCCGUCCCCCGGGGAGGAGAAGGAGAACAUGGAGCCGGACAUGGAGGACGUGAGGGCCAGCAGUCUUUCACUGCCCACUCAGGACUUGUUUACAGAUCAUGACAGACUGGACGAACGUGGCCGGAUUGAGGGUCCCAAAGGAUGUUGCCGAAGCCCCACACCAAUGAAGUUCCGCAGCAGAUCCCAAGGUGGAGGAAGCCGUCUGGAGUCAGUUGGUGAAGACGAUGAGCUCAUAGUGGAAAACGGUGAUACAGGAAGUGAUGUAGCUGAAAAGCCGACGCGAGGAGGACGCAAACAUUCCCUCCCACAGCAGCUGGAUACAGUUGGAAUCCGACAGGAAUAUCAAAUCGUGAAGAAAUCGGCUCGUUCCCUGAGCACUGUUCAAGUGGAGUCUCCAUGGCGACUGGCCCAGCCAUCCAUAAUCUCCAACAUUGUACUGAUGAAAGGACAAGGAAAGGGUCUCGGCUUCAGUAUUGUCGGUGGACAGGAUUCAGCCAGGGGAAGAAUGGGUAUAUUUGUCAAAACCAUUUUCCCCAAUGGAGCAGCUGCAGCAGACGGGAGACUGAAAGAAGGAGAUGAGAUAUUAGAGGUGAAUGGAGAGUCUCUCCAAGGCCUCACUCACCAGCAGGCCAUUCAGACCUUUAAGCAACUUAAGAAAGGUGUAGUUACUCUAACAGUACGGACCCGCCUGAGAAGUCCCAGUCUUACACCAUGUCCCACACCCACCCUGCUCAGCAGAUCCAGUUCUCCAAACUCUAAUGCCAGUGGUGGGACUCCAGUUCCUCAAAGCUUUGAUGAGGGGGACUCUCGUAAAGGGCCUGGUCCCAAAGAUCGCAUUAUCAUGGAGGUUACAUUGAACAAAGAGCCAGGCGUGGGACUAGGCAUUGGUGCCUGCUGUCUAACACUGGAAAACAGUGCUCCUGGGAUCUACAUCCACAGUUUGGCUCCAGGUUCUGUUGCUAAAAUGGACGGCAGACUCAGCCGAGGAGACCAGCUUCUAGAAGUGGAUUCUGUGAGCCUGAGACACGCGGCAUUAAGUGAAGCCUAUGCCAUCCUGAGUGAAUGUGGACCAGGCCCGGUCAGCCUUAUCAUCAGCCGCCAUCCAAACCCUAAAGUGUCUGAACAGGAGAUGGAUGAAGUGAUCACUCGUUCCACACAUCGAGAUAGUCAUUCUUCUCACACACUCGGCCUGCCGUCCAAGAGUCCAUCUCCCACAGUCAAAGUCAAGCAGGGCGAGGGUAAUCCUGCUCUCAGCUGGACCAUGAAGCGAUUCCUAGAGCCAGCCAGCAGGCAAGGCUCAUUGAGUUCAGAGGCAGAGCUCUCUCAGUAUUUCACGGUUCACGAUGUACCCAGCCAGUCUUCCCUCUCGGAGACCAUGGCAAUGGGGUCCAGUGAUGACGACAUGCUGCACAGUAGCAGGAGCUGCAAUACGUCCAUGGAGGAAUCAGCAGCACCUCAGCCGCAUGUCUACCGUGAUGGUUCCUAUAGAGGUUCAGGCAGUAGUCCCACAACCCCUGAAUGUUGUAAAGCCUCAGGUGGCACUGGUCGUACUGCAGAAACAGCCCAGCAGGCCAGUGUGGGAAGCAGUCCGAGCUCUGUUCGCAGCCCACUUCUUCGCCAGCGGCGGGUUAUCUGCUAUGAGGACGAGCCCAGCGGUGACGAGACCGGACUUGAAGACGACAACGGCCCCUUCCGUCGCCUUCUCCGUGGGGUCUCAGACGGCCACCAGCACCAAGAGGAGGAUUCUGGUAUUGUUAUAGCCACAUCAUCUCUAGAGGUGGACGAUGAAAGCCAGGACGGCAGUGAGAGCCACAGACAGAUCAGCAGUGAGCCGACUACUCCUUUCUAUGGCAGCUCCAUUGAAUCUGAGGAAGGAACUACCGGUCUGUCAUCUGCCGAAUCUCCCUUCAUGCCCAUUCACUGUGUCGAAGCCACAAACCUGGGGGUGAAAAAAGAGCCCCAUCGAGAAGGGCAGGAGGUGAAACGCUCACCCAAGCUGGAGCACAAAGCUGUGACUCGUGUCAAGAGCAUGAUGAGCAUUGAGUGUCCAAACCCUCCACAAAGAACCAAGGGGGAAGAUCCAGCUUUAUUCCCAGCAAACCCUGCUCAGGUUACACAAAACUGCACACGGCCACCCUGCAGAAUGAUGCACUGCAAGAAAGGGGAAUCUAGUGAGCUUGCAGGGGUCUGUACCAUUGAGACAAUAGUGCUCCAGCGCGGUGAGACAGAGUCUUUUGGUCUGGAUCUGGAGAUUAAGUCUGCUCCGCUUAAAGUGUUGGUCACUGGACUGAGACCAGGAGGUGUAGCUGAAAGGGAAGCCUCAGGGAAGAUGAGCAUUGGCGACGAGAUUGUAACAAUUGGUGACACCCCCGUGUGCACAUCCUCCUAUCAGGAGAUCUGUGACCUCAUGCACAACCUGCCAAUCACAUUGACCUUAGAGAUUAAGAAACCUGUCUCAGCUGUAGAUCGACUUUCUAGCCUGAUUAUGUCCUCUGGCUGUGAAAGCUCAUCUAAACUGGAGGCAUCUAGACCUUCACCAGAAGAAAGGAAUCAUACGGACACAACUCAAAUCCCUUCAUCAGAACAUGCAAACGCGAAACAGGCAGUAACAACACACAGCAUGCCUGUCACUAAUAUUGAUGAUGUCGUAAGUGAACUGAACUCAGCAGAAAGCGAAGUGAAAGACCAAAGUGCAGAACAGUACAGUAAAAAAGAUGACCGAGGAACUGGAGCCCCAUCACAACCAAACCCUCUGGAUUUUUCUGCAUUAGAUAUGGGAAACGGUACUUGCCAUUUUCCUCUAGGAAAGACCUUUUUAAAUAGUUACUCAAGGAACUUUAGUAAUCUGGGAGAGAGCAUUGUCCCAUUACAGAAAGGAGAUGGACAUAAACCUAGUAUGUACAGUAUGGUGGAUAGUGACUCUGAGAGUGACUCCACAGACAGCGCUGUAAAAAUAGAAAAGUCUCAAGGUCAUAGUGAGGGUCCUCGUGACACUGACACAGAUGAAGAAGAAGUUGAGCUUUGCUUCAGCACUGUCAGUCAGUCUGCAUUCAGCCAAUCAGAGGGAAGUUCUCUGCCAGAUGGAAAUGGCUGUGCCACUAGGCAAUCUGUUGAUCAGCCAGGAGCAAAAUUAUUGACUAGUACAGAUCUCCACAAGCCUUCAUCAGUCUCAGCACAAGACAGAGAUCCACAAGAUCCCCUUUGUCAUGAAGUUUCAGGCAAAGAUCUUUUAAAUGGGAAAAUUGGACAUGCUCCCACACAGCAGGAGGCGGUGUGUGUGUCUAAAAUAACACAGCCAAACUGCAGCGAUGAUGAAAAAUGUGAAACUAUGUCAAAAUCUUUUCAAACCUGUCAAACACCAACAGAUACCCCUGUUACUCAAAACAACUGCCACGUCACACCAAGAAGUCAAGACAGGACAGCUAGGCUGCUCUCUGAAGCAUCUCGAUCUGCAGAAAAACUCAACACUGGGCAAGCGCCACUGAAAUUGACUGUGUCAGAGCCCAAUGCAUCACAUUAUGCCAAUGGCAAAAGUAGUGGGCAGGCCUCUCUUGCACUUGCUUCAAAAGAGAAAGAAAAAGUUCUUUCCACGCUGGACUUGAAAUCCACGUUUUCUCAGAACCAGAGUAAAUCUGCUACAUCUGUGAGAUCUUUGGGAACUAAAUCAUCUAAUGACUCCCCUGUCUCACCCCUGCUGAGAGGUAGACUCAAAGUGGAUGAUAAAAAGUCAAACACAUCCUCUAAACUCAAGGGUCUAAGUAUUAAAAGUAAAUGCAAGGACCAAGAACAGCCAGUGUCUAGAUCGCCCAGGGCAGAGAGUCCAGUACAGAGAAAAUCUCUCGUCUCCCCAAGUCAGUCACCUAAACUCCACUCCAAAAGAACCACACCAACUGGUAGCCCUAAAUCCACCAGAUCUUCUGAGAAAAGCAGGGUUUCUUGUUGUAAAACUGACCAAAAUCAAUUAACAGUCUCCACUAAUUCUAAGGUAAAUCCCAUCAACACUGCCAAAGAAGAACUCAAACCGUUAAAGAAAGAGGAUGCACUGGAUCUGAAGCAGCAGGUUUCAAAACCAGAAGUCACUGUUGGCAACACUCAAAGAACUUUCAUUGAAGUACGACUUUCAUCGUCUUCGUCAUCUACACCUGUGCUGGCUCGCAAGGAAGUGGUGAAUGCAAGUCAUUUAAGCUUAGCUUCACUGUCAGUUGAUUCUAUCAAGUGGAAGGAAUCAAAUUCAGACUUCUCUUUAGGAAGUCACACAAUCCCAUUAGAAUCAGUCAACUCUUCAUCUAGUUCUGCCCAGCAGAAUGGUGAUAAUAAGGCAAAUGAAACAGCUGAAAAGGUGUUUUGCAAUGGCCAGGAGGAAAGUCUCCUUAGGAACUCAACUAAUAAAGAUGCUGCUUCUAAUCUCAAAACAAGCAAAUCCAAGCUGUAUUUAAGAGGACUAGACCGCCGAAGCUGCUCUACAGAUGCUGGUGGAUCUCUAGACACAAACCCUUUCUCAGUUCGUCAAAGAAUUCAGUCUUUUGAGAGCCUGGCCAGUUUUGAUCGAUCUGUUAUAAAGUGUAUAGACAUACCCUUUUAUGCUGUUAACUCUAAGCCAACUUUAAAUCGCAGACUGUCGGGGUAUGCUGGAUCUGUUAGCAGUCAGUCUAUAGACAGCCGUUCGUUGAGGAGGAGUUUCAGCUCUUGUGUGGACAAUUUGAGCUCAACUCCAUCUCUACAGAAUUGGUCCACCAGUUCAACUGCCACCAACUGUGAAUCAACUCCAUCAAACCAAACCACAGAGACUGUUAUGAAGGAGAUGAAAAAUGAGACCUCUCAGAACCAGCCCACUGUACACACACCUCCAGUGCUGCGCUCCCGCAAUGCCCGCGCCCAUGGGGGUCUGUCACGCUCCAAAUUAAGAGAGAUAAAAGCGCUGAGCAUGCCUGAACUGGACAAGCUAUGUACUGAGGAUUUUACCAGUGACCCUGGAAAUGUGAUCUUUAAGACAGAGUUGGAAAUUAACCCUCGCAGGUCCAUAGACCCAUCUUCACAGUGCACUGUGGUGACCAGGGUGAGCAGUGUAGAUCUCGGGGCGCUUGGAUCAACCAGCAAUGGGGAACACCAUGAAAUCCAGGACACAGGGCUCUCAUGCUGGUCUAUAAGUUUGAAAGACCUUGAAUUUUCUCCUUUGGACCAAAACAAAGUUAAUGAUGUUCUGUGUUCCCUCCCAACCAAAGUGGAUGUGACAAGUCUCAUACAGGAAGCAAACGCUACUUCUGAGGUUAAAGAUGACGUUUACUUUGUGAUCUUAACCAAAGAGCAGGGAGCUGGACUGGGUUUCAGCAUUGCUGGAGGAGUAGAUCUGGAGCAGAAAUCUAUUACUGUAAGCUCUCUGGCUUAAUGCUUAUAUAUUUAUAAAGA